CCCCGAAAAAGGCGAUUUAGAAGGAGAAUUCGACGUGUUUUAAUAUCGAAAAGGUGUUGUUUUACCGUUGGUUUUGUUUAUUGUCUUAUUAAAUCAGCGAUCAUGGCUUGUGGCGCGACGUUGAAGCGAUCUAUGGAGUUUGAGGCCCUUCUCAGCCCGCAGUCCCCCAAGCGGAGGAGGUGCAAUCCUCUACCGGGGACUCCGACUACUCCUUCCCCGCAGAGGUGCAGUCUUCGCCCGUCAACAGAGAGCCCGGCACACUCGAUGUCGCCCCAGUCUAUGGGUGGAGAACACAGGCUAACUCCAGAGCAGAUCUUCCAGAACAUUCGUCAGGAGUACAGUCGCUAUCAGAGGCGACGGCAGUUGGAAGGGGCCUUCAACCAGACUGAUCCCUGCAGCUCCACUGAUAUCCAGAGCUCCAGUCCCGCCCUCACCUCCCCCAGCUCUCCCACAGGUGCCUCAUCAUUGAAGAAGGAUCAGCCACUGUUCACACUGAGGCAGGUUGGCUAUUUGUGUGAGCGCCUUAUCAAAGAUCACGAGGAAAAGAUGCGUGAAGAAUACGAACAGAUACUGAACACAAAGCUUGCAGAACAAUAUGAGUCCUUUGUGAAAUUCACACAGGAUCAGAUUAUGCGAAGAUAUGGCGCCAGGCCUGCAAGCUAUGUGUCUUGAAGAACAUUAUAGAUGGUACUAGCCACCCUUCAGCAGCUGGUUGCUGUAGAACCAGCCAACUUCGUUUCACUUGAAAUUUCCUCAUACUUUUGAUUCUUUUUUUUUUUUUUUUUUUCCUCCCCCCUUUAAAAUGCUUGGGUGCCAUGGUCUAUCCACAUUUAACUCCAUUUUUUUUGCUGAACUGUUACUGAUGGCCCAACACCAAACGUGCAUAUCUAGAUGCAUUCUAAGGAAGUUUAAUCUUAAGAAAUUGUGGGAAAAGAUGUCAAACUACCGCUGUAAAAAGCUUGGCUGAUGCGAUCAUCUCUGUAUAAUGUAAUGUGACUGACCUGCAGCAGAUAUACCAGACUCUUCCUCUAUCCUUCAGUCUGUUUUUAACUCUCCAAUUUUUUUUUUUUUUUUUUUCUUUUUUGACAAAUAAAAAAUCUGUGAUAAGUCAGGAAUUGUACCGAUUCGAUUUCUUGCAAAUAUUUUCUGUAAUAAAUUGUGUAUAGGUUCGUAUGUUUGAAUGUCAAUUUAAAUUUGGUUUAAAACACAAAUAUAUAUUGU